AUGGGUCAUUUAAGUUCAUUACUAAGAAAGAAUUGGAUUCUAUGGAAGAGAAACUGUUUCUGUUCAACUUGUGAAAUAAUAUUACCAUUAUUAUUAAUAUUGGCAUUAGGAGGAAUAAGGUUUGAGUUUAUUAUAAUAUUAAAAGAGGUGUAGUAGAUAAAAGUAUUUUGGAGGAGACAGCCUUUAUAUAACCAGAAUUAGAUUGGAAAUCUAAGGAUCCAAAUGUUCCAGUGAUAUUAGAGCCAUUAAUUGAUGAGAAAGUAAUUGAAAAUAAGUUGAUGGCUAUGUAAAAAUGGAACGCAAGUUUAAAUUUAAUUGAGAACUUAAAAAGUUUGGAUACAUAGAGUAGAUUAUUAGUGUUACCAAAGAUGAAGUAAGAAAUAAUUGAAUAUUUUAGAAAUUGUUUAGAUAAUUACAACUAUUAAUAGGAGAGAUUUUGGCUAAAUGGAGAUGUAGCACUUGGACCAAAUGAAGAACAUGAGGUAGUAAAGGAAUUAAAGUAUAUAUUUGAAAGUAAGAAAUAAAUAAGAUUGUUUUAGCCUAUUAUAAUUAUAAGACAAUAAUAUUUAAAAAUAAUGAUGAUCUUAAUGAUUAUACAUCACAUAAAGAUUAUGGUAGAAAUGGGAAUCCUAGAGUUUGUUUUGGAGUAAUGUUUAAUGAGAGUGCUGGAGAGAAUAUUUAUGAUUAUUAAUUGAGAUUUAAUUCUNUUUAUCAUUUUGUGAAAAUAAGUGGAAUUAAUAAUGGAAAUCAUUAAAAUAAUCAAAUAUUUUUUUUAAGGUGA